AUUCUAAAAAGCGAUUAUUGUAAUCGAUAAUCACUCGCUUCUCAAUCAUAUCUCUCUAAUGUGAAAGAAAUCUCUUACAUUAAUUUUAGUUUUUCCACUUUCUCUCUCUCUAUCGGUGUCUCUGUUUGUUUACCUUUCCUUCUUCUCUCUCGCCGGAACUUCGCCGCACCGAUCUAUUUUCCGGUGAUCCACCUCCGAUGACUCUCCGCCAUGAUCCAUAGCUUCCUCCAUCUCCAAAUCGCUAUUUCUCACCAUUCUCCACGCUCUUCUCCUUCUUCUCCUUCACCUUCUUCGCUCGUCGAUUUCAGAUCCCUUUCAAUCAUCGAAUUCUAGGGUUAGGGUUACACAAUGUUCAAAAAAAUCAUGAAGGGAGGGCACAAGAAGCCCUCCAAAUCGGACACCACCGACCCUCCGGUCCCCGGGAAUAACCGCAGCUCGGUGGCGGCGGCAAUCCCUAAUGUGGUUGUCAACCACGCCUCACGCGGCGGGGCUGCGGCGGCGAACUCUGCUGCUUCCGCGAUGGUCCCUUUGACCCCAUCGCCCGGCGCCAUGGAGCCGGUGCCGGCGUUUCGCGAUGUUCCGGUGUCGGAUAGGCAAACCCUCUUCCUCAAGAAGCUGCACAUAUGCUGCUACGUGCUGGAUUUCUCCGACACGCUGAAGAAUGUGAGGGAGAAGGAGAUCAAGCGGCAAGCGUUGAUGGAGCUUGUGGACUUCAUUCAAUCGGGUUCCGGUAAGAUAUCGGAGAAUUGCCAGGAGGAGAUGAUCAGAAUGAUUUCCGUUAACAUUUUCCGGUGUUUUCCGCCGCUGUCUCAUGAGAAUACCGGGCAGGAGCCGACCGAUCCUGAAGAGGAGGAGAUGUGCUUGGAACCGGCGUGGCCUCAUUUGCAGCUUGUUUAUGAGCUUCUGCUUAGAUAUGUUGUGUCUUCGGAUACCGAUACCAAGGUCGCGAAGCGGUACAUUGAUCACUCUUUUGUGCUCAAAUUGCUUGAUUUGUUUGACUCUGAGGACCCGAGAGAGCGUGAGUAUUUGAAGACCAUUCUGCAUCGUAUAUAUGGCAAGUUCAUGGUUCACAGACCCUUCAUCAGGAAGGCCAUUAACAACAUCUUUUAUCGGUUUAUAUAUGAGACCGAGAGACACAGCGGUAUUGGGGAGCUUCUGGAGAUUCUUGGGAGCAUCAUUAAUGGAUUUGCAUUGCCCAUGAAGGAGGAGCACAAGUUGUUUCUUGUGAGGGCGCUCCUGCCACUGCAUAAGCCUAAGUCUGUUGCUAUGUACCACCAGCAGUUGUCAUACUGCAUCACUCAGUUUGUGGAGAAAGAUUUCAAGCUCGCGGAUACGGUUAUUAGGGGAUUGUUGAAGUAUUGGCCUCUCACUAAUUGCCAGAAGGAGGUUCUCUUCCUCGGAGAACUGGAGGAAGUGCUGGAGGCCACACAGCCUGCUGAAUUUCAACGCUGCAUGGUUCAACUUUUUAGACAGAUUGCCCGCUGCCUCAAUAGUUCUCACUUUCAGGUUGCAGAGAGAGCCCUCUUUUUGUGGAAUAAUGAGCACAUUGUGAGCUUAAUCGCUCAAAAUAGGACUGUGAUAUUACCAAUAAUAUUUGAGGCGUUUGAGAAAAACAUCGAGUCUCAUUGGCACCAAGCAGUUCACGGGCUGACUGUGAAUGUUCGUAAAAUGUUCAUGGAAAUGGAUGCGGAAUUGUUUGAAGAGUGCCAGAGGCAGCAUGAAGAGAAACAGGCUAAAGCCAAAGAAAUGGCUGAGCAGCGGGAACUGAAUUGGAAGAGACUGGCAGAAGCUGCUGCACAGAACGGGGUGGAGGAUAUGGUUACAGAUUAGUGUUGUUAGUUUACUGCCUCAACUGCAAAGUGUGAAUUAAAUAGGUGAAGGGUCAUUAACGUGCUCCUCUUUUCUAUUUUGGUGCCAUUAUUUAUUGAUUUCUUUUGUUUUUCAUACCAUUUUUUUUUCUACUCUUCUAUCUUAUUAUCUCAGUUUGGAUAAUUAGCAAUUUGAAGAAAGAAGUGAUUAAUGUAACUUAUUGGAAGCUGUUAGCUAUGUCUGAUGAGUAAGAAUGUUCCUUGAAAAGCUUUCUUGUAUUUUUCCCUUUUUACAAAAAGAAAUGCAGAAAGUUUCUUUUCUUUA